UCCUCUUCCUCUUCUUCCUCUUCUUCCUCUUCUUCUUCCUCUUCUUCCUCUUCCUCCUCUUCCUCCUCUUCCUCUUCCUCUUCCUCCUCCUCCUCCUCUUCUUCUUCUUCUUCAGUCUUAACUUGCAACCAAACUGAUCAGGAAUUCACCAUGUAACCCAAGCUGCACUUGAAUUUGUGGGUGAACCUCCUGCCUCAGCCUCCAGGCUGUAACUAUGCCACUAGGCCCAGCCAGGGUAGCAUUUAAUCUUAAAUCAAUCCCUGUCUCUUCUAAUCCCAUCUCAGUAACAGCAGCUGUUCCAAACUCCUAAAUUACUAAUCCUCUUUAAAGCCUUUUGCCUGGGGGCUGGGAUCGUACCUCACAGGUAGAGAGCUAUUCUAGCAUAAACCGAGUCAGGGUUUAAGACCGGCACUUUGUGGGCAGGGCAGGGCGUGGCUUACAGAAGAGCCUUUCCCCUCCAUCCAUCCUCAAUGUGUCAGUCAAGAUUUUGAAGCAGGAUGCUGGCUUUUCUCAGUUAGUCUGGAGCUUUAAUACCAAAGUGACCUACCUGGUGUUUUGGUUUCUGCCUAGGUGACUAAUGGGGGGUAGACUCAUCACACAUUCUUCCUUUCCAGUGGUUAUUCACACAAGGAAUGGGAAAGUGUUGAAAGUGUUACAUUUCUCUCGGGAGCUGCGUUUUUCCAGUUGUGUUGGACAGUCUGCAAGUAACCCUGAGAGACGCUAGCUAGCUCUAGCCUAGUGUAUGACGGGGAGGAAGUCACAGGCCUCAGCUGCAGGGCCACCACACCCAGCAUUGCUUGAGGCGUCAUUGAUCUCGGCUGCCCUGAGUUCAAGGCAGGAAGGACACAAAACGGUUUGCUUGGUAACCCGGGCUUUCACCUCAGCACCCCUCCCCUUUCCAGUGCUGGGGUUCCAGUUCAGGGCCUUGUGUGUUGGAGGCAAACACUCCACACCCGAGUUAUCUCCCAAGAGUCUUCUGCUUUUGAGGCUCAUGAGGAGAUCUUAGGGAGAGGUCUGUGAACAAGGGAGGUGGUUUACAGUUUUCAAAGUGAGCUCAUUAUAGGCCACUGACAUGUCUUAGGGGAGGCUGGAAUGUAGGGACAUUAGUGUGGGUUAUGAGGCUAAAUUGCCAGGGUUCUCAGCUGAAACCUGCCACGUUUUCCUGGUUUGAUGUAUCCCUCUGUGCUGUAUGUAGUCCCACGGGAAAGACGAGGCCUCCCAUAUAGGACCGCUCGGAGUAAAGGAAUUAACCGAGGGCUGGGAUGUGGUAUAGUGUUGGCCUACCAUGUCCAAAGCCCGAGAUGCCGUCCUCAGUGUGACGGCGACAGCCUUCCCCUCAGAAACAAACAAGAAAACAAUUGUAAAACCCAUGGGUAGUACUUGGCACUGUAGCUAAGGGUUCAGUCCCUCUGCUAACUGUUGUGAUACAUUCUGGUUUUCCUCAUCUCCUACGUCCAAAAUCUGAGUAGUUUGCCACACUUACUUUAUCUGUCCAUGUACUCCCAGUUGUAGAUUUGAUAAUCAACCACUGCCUGUCAGCUGGGCAUGGUGGCACAAUUGUUUAAAGUUUAUUUUAUGUGUAUAAGUGUUUUGCCUUUACCACAUGCAUGGCUGGUGCCUAAGGAAGUCUGAAGAAAGUGUCAGAUCUCCUGGGACUAGAGUUAGAGAUGUUACGAGCCACUCUACAGACGCUGGGAACCGAACCUGUGCCUCUGCAAGAGCAAGUGCUCUUUUCACACUUAUUUAUUUGUGUGUAUGUGUUCUCUUGUGUGUGUUUAUCUUUGUGUUUAUGAUGCGGUGUUAGACCUAAGUCAGAAUCCUUUAGAAGGAUCUGUGCUCCCACACAAUGCCUACCUUGUGCUGGGUUUCCUCAGAGCUUUCUGUAGAAAUCUCUGGUUUGGGUGGGUUUUGGGAUGGGUGUGAGUAUGGUAAUGAGGAAUGAUUUGGAAGCAAGAAUGAUGGGUGGGGGAGAGGGCGCUGCUCUUACGAACAUAAAUUAAUUUGGUAACUUUUAGGCACAUCUGGAUUCAUGAGUUCUUUUUAUUCUAGCUUUGCUUGUCUGAACCCCAGUUUUCCAUAGAGAAAUAUCGAAAAGCCAACCAGCUCCUGCAGUUCUGGCACUAUGGCCCUGGCCCAGCAGGACCUUCCAUUUCUAAGAGAGAUAUGAUUACCUUACUGGAUGAAGACGGGAAGGAGCCCGAGAUAGUUGUGAAGGAAGGGAGAAGACAUUGUCCUGAUUUGGAGUCCAGAUUCAAGACCAAUACUUUAUCUGCAGACAAGGACAUUUAUGAAGUAUAUUCAUUACAAUGGGAGUUGAUGGAGAAAAUUAAAAGCCACAGUCCUCAAGGUUCUGUUCUUAAAGAUGAUUGGGAAUGUGAAAGCAAGAUUGAGCGACAAAAGGAACCACAGGGGGGUUAUUUUGGGCAGGUGAAAAUUACCUCUGAAAAAAGCACACACAAAAAGCACAGUUUCCUUGCUGAGUAUCAGAAAGUUCAGAAUGGAGAGAAGUUCUAUGAAUGUAAAGAGUGUAGGAAGACCUUUAUCCGCCGCUCAACGCUAAGUCAACACUUGAGAAUCCAUACUGGUGAGAAACCUUAUAAAUGCAAGGAAUGUGGGCAACCCUUCAGACAGCGUGCACACCUUAUUCGACACCACAAACUUCACACUGGUGAGAAGCCCUAUGAGUGUAAGGAAUGUGGGAAGGCCUUUACAGUGCUCCAAGAACUCACUCAGCAUCAGCGACUCCAUACUGGGGAAAAGCCGUAUGAAUGCAAGGAGUGUGGAAAAGCCUUUCGGGUCCAUCAGCAGCUGGCUCGACAUCAGAGGAUCCACACUGGGGAGAAACCCUAUGAGUGCAAGGACUGUGGGAAGACCUUCAGACAGUGCACACACCUCACUCGACACCAAAGACUUCACACUUCUGAGAAGCUGUACGAAUGUAAGGAGUGUGGAAAAGCCUUCGUGUGUGGCCCUGACCUUCGAGUACAUCAGAAAAUCCACUUCGGUGAGAAGCCCUAUGCAUGUAAGGACUGUGGCAAGUCCUUCAGAAUAUGCCAACAGCUGACUGUCCAUCAGAGUAUCCAUACUGGGGAGAAACCCUAUGAAUGUAAGGAAUGUGGGAAGGCCUUCAGAUUGAGGCAACAACUUGUUCGCCAUCAGAGAAUCCAUACCCGUGAGAAGCCCUAUGAAUGUCUAGAGUGUUGGAAGACCUUCAGUAGUUACUCCCAACUGAUUUCACAUCAGAGCAUUCAUGUGGGUGAGAGACCCUAUGAGUGUGAAGAAUGUGGGAAAGCCUUCAGACUGUACUCACAGCUCACUCAGCAUCAGAGUAUCCACACAGGUGAGAAACCUUAUGAAUGCAAGGAGUGUAGGAAACCUUUCCGCCUGCUCUCACAGCUCACUCAGCACCAGAGCAUCCACACGGGUGAGAAGCCUUAUGAAUGCAAGGACUGUGGGAAGGCUUUUAGACUUUAUUCAUUUCUUUCUCAACACCAGAGGAUCCACACUGGAGAGAAGCCCUACAAAUGUAAGGAGUGUAAGAAGGCCUUCAGACAGCACUCACACCUCACCCAGCAUCAGAAGAUCCACAGUGGAACUUAAGCAAAACCUCAGUUCUAUGUCAUGGUGCAAAAUGUCAGGAAAUCCAUUUUUGAGAAUAAUUUAUUUCAUGCUUAUAUAAGUAAGCAUAAGAAAUACUAUGUUGCUUUAAAAGUUCUCCAUUCUCACUUAACUGUUACCUAUCUUCAGCAAAUUCCUCUGAAGGAAUAAUUUGAUGAUGUAGGAAAAUCUUAGCCUUAUCAGUUGUCAUCCCCACCUAACUGCUCUCUUACCAUUGUGAUACCGGACAGGACACUAAAUAUUAAUGCCUUGUUUUGCUCACUGUCAAAAUGGUGAUAAUAGUACUGAUACAUGUUAUUUAUUGUUAUAUAACAAAUUACUAGAAAAACAGUAGUUUAAAUAAUAUAUACUUAUUAUUUAAAAAUUUCUAUAGAUUGAGAGUCCAGACAAGCCUUAGUUGGGUCUUCCAGGUUUCAGCUAAGGCUUAACUAGAGAAAGAUCCACAUGAAGGGAACAAGUUAGACACCUACAACGCCUGAAUUCUUUGAGAGCUGACACAUUGAAGUUCCUGACCACUGCUGGUUUUGGUUCUGGAUUUUGUUUUGUUUUUUUUUUUAGACAGGGUUUCUCUGUGUAGCCCUGGCUGUUUUGGAGCUCACUCUGUAGACCGGGCUUCCCCGAACUCACAGAAACCCACCUGCAUCUUCCCCCGAGUACUGGGAUUAAAGACACGUGUCACCACUGCCCAGCAAAGCUGUUGUUUUAGUGAGAUUGUGGAAUCCAAGAAAGAUGGCUGCUAGCAGGAUGGAAGUCAGCUAGCAAGAGUGAAAUUACAAUCUGUGUAAUCUAAUCAUAAAAGAAACAUCCCGUCAUUUUACCACCUUCUACUGGUUAAAAUAAGUUCUUAGGCUCAAGAAGAUUGCAUGAAACUGAAUACUACAAGACAGGGGCCAGGGGCACCAGUUUAGAGCCCUCCUGCUGUGCUGCGUAUAGAAUUGAUUUAAGAAUGCAGUAGUGGGCCGGGCGGUGGUGGCGCACGCCUUUAAUCCCGGCACUUGGGAGGCAAAGGCAGACGGAUCUUUGUGAGUUCAAGGCCAGCCUGGUCUCCAAAGCGAGUUCCAGGAAAGGUGCAAAGCUACACAGAGAAACCCUGUCUCCACAAACAAACAAACAAACAAAAUGCAGUAGUUAACACUUGACAGACUAACAGUUAUAGUAGCAUGUAUCCUAUAAAUAACGCAUAUGAUUGUUAUCAGUAUUGUCGGGUGGUAUAGAAGGAAGAUGAUCCUGUGGAAGAAUAAAUGUAGAAAUGCUUCCUGUCACAUCUUUGCAGUUAUAAACCUCAGUUUCUUCUAAGUCAGAUCUAGGAGAUUAUAGUAAUUGGAAGAUUUCUGUCACUUGAGCUGCAUCAAAAACUUCAUGAUAAAAGAGACUGAAUUUCAUGAAUGUAGGUUGUUAAAACUUAACUGUAAAGAAUCAGAUGAAAUGACUUCUUCAAAUUAAAAAAAAAGAUCAUUUAGA